UUAGCUUAUCCGACCAAAAGGACGUCGAUUUCUUUGCUCCGCCGCCGCCGGCGCUUCACCUUCUCAGCCAAGCGAGUUUCUCCUCUUCAAUAAUCAACAAUUUCACAUUCUUCAACCAUUCAAUCGUCAUUCUCAUUUCUUUCCCUCUCGCGAAUAUGACUCCAAUUUUCCCCAAACAUUUCGCGUAUUUAUUAUCGAGAAAUUCCCCAUUUCUCUGCAAAUCUAGGGUUCCAUUUUCCACAUCCACCGCCAAAAACCCCCAAAUCAAUCCCACAGUUUACAAUUUCUUGUUUCACGAACACAAUUUCUCCCCCGAAUCAGCUGCGGAAGCCGCCUCAAUCAUAUCCCGCUUAAGGAACCGCCAAAAAUCCGAUUCCCUUUUCUCAUACCUCGAAAAAAACGGCUUUUCGAGCUCCCAUUUGGAGACAAUCGUGAAAUACAGCCCUUCAUUCCUCUCAGCCGAUCUCGAGAAAACAAUCAAGCCCAAGAUCGAGCUUUUCCAAGAGCUAGGCCUCUCCAACAACGACAUCGCCGAUUUGGUCACUGAUAACGCCUCGAUUUUGUUCCGCAGCACUGAUAAAGUAGUGAUCCCUGCCUUGUCUCUCCUCAGGAGCUUGUUGGGAUCAGAUUCUAGCGUUGUGAACCUCUUGAAGAAGAGUGGGUGGUUCUUGAUUAAGGAUUUGGACAAGUCCAUGGUGCCGAAUAUCGAGUUCUUGAAGGGGCGUGGCGUCCCCACGGAGCAGAUAAUCGCGUGUAUGCAUUCGUUCUCGAGGACUCUUCUGCAGAAGCCUGGGAAGUUGAGGAGGGCGGCCGAGAGGGCGGAGGAGCUUGGGGUCCGGCCGGGGUCGGGCAUGUACAUUCAUGGCGUGAGGGUGAUUGCCUCGAUGAGCGAUGAGGUUUGGGAGGCGAAGCUGGGGGCUUUCCGGGAGUUGGGGUUCUCGGACGCGGAGAUUGUGAAUGGGUUCAGCAAGUAUCCCCCGGCCUUCGCUGUGUCGUUGAGGAAGAUGAGGGAGGUGACAGAUGUCGUGGUGUCCACCGGGAAGUAUGGCAUGGCGAGCAUUAUUGCGUACCCGAUAUGUUUCUGUGGCAGCGUGGAGAAGAGGCUUAGGCCGCGGAUGCGAGUUUUGGCUGCUUUGGAGGAGAAGAUGUUGAUCAAGAAGUGGCCUAGUUUGGCCACAUUGUGUAGUUUAUCAGAUGUGAGAUUUUUUGAGAGGUUUGUUAAACCUUACUUAGAUGAAGUUGGCCAAUUGUUUAGGAUUUGAUCAUUGAAAAUUUUAGCUAGAAGAUUAUGCAUUUUGCCUGUUGAAAA